AUGGGGAGAUGGGCACACCACUCUUUGGCGGCAGCCACUCAGACUUCCUCUGGAGACGUCUCCUCAUCCCUUGCAUCUGCACUUGAUGCUUCCUCUUCUUUUCUCACCAUGUCAGAAAAUUUCCAAAAUCCAUCCUUACUUGGAACUCCAAACUCCCUGCAGCUCUCGCUUCCUGUGGUGAGCGAUGCAGCUUCCCUAACAGGAAGUGUCUGCAAUUUCUCCAGAGUCUCUGCUCCAGCCGUCAGUUCAGCAUGGCUUCUGCCAUCAGCCUCGGGCACCUCUUCCCAGCCACUCAUGGGGAGUGCCUACCUUUACCAACAUUCUAGCACAACCACACUGUCUGGAGUGACUGGCCAGAGCCAGAGCUCCACCUCAGCUGCUUCUUCAGGUCUCUUUGAGUGGGGUGUCCCAGGAAGCACUGCACAGGAGUCCUCUUCACUCGGAGACUGCACUCUGACUGUCAUUGGCCAGGACUCAGCGGUUUCUUCCAUGUCUAUGUUAGCCCAGUAUGACAGAACCUCAGGUGCCAAUAACCUGGUCCCACUGUAUCCAUCACUUUCCACCAGCCUUGUUCAGGGAACACCAUCUCAGGUUCCAAAUCAGGGACACAGCCUGUCACUUCCCUACCAGGAAGGAAGCCAGGUGUAUUACUAUGAUCACGGCACACUGGGGCCUCUGCUGUCUGGAGAACUUGGCCCCUGUCUGCAGUCCUGCGGCUCUGUGUCCUACACAGGAGCUCAGGCCUCUGCUCCUCAACCAGAAAUGGUGUUGGUGCUAAAGGAGAUUCAGCCCACAAAUGUCCUGCCACCAGCCUCCUCUUCUGGGAUCUACUACACUGUAUCUGCUCAAUCCAUCACACAAACCAGAUUUCAAGUGGUGGAAACCUCCCUGGGGAGAGAGACUUUCCUGGGACUGCAACCUCCAAGCCAGACAUUUUGUCUACAGCAAACUCCAGAAUUCCCCAAAUCCUGCAGUAGCAGAAAUACCCAGAUGCUGCAGAGUAGCCCACCACCUGAGCCUGCAGACAUUUCACUGACAGCUUCACUCCAGACUUCGAACAGUAACUUCCUGGCACUGUCUCCAGCUCCAAAGAAUUGGGAUGAGUUUAACACCAACCUUUCAAAGCCUCUGGAUCCCGACCAGAUCCCAAUAGAAAACCAAGAGCCUCUACUACAGCCUUUAGAAAUUCCUGAUAUUCUCCAGCUCCUGGCCUGCAUCGAUCCCCUCGGGCCAGAGGACCACCCUGGUUCUGAAAACGCUGAUCUGGGAAAGAGUAGCCUGAGUCUUGAGGGCCAAGGGACACUGGAAAACGGGACCGAGGCUAGCGGUGGCUUUGCAGACAUCGCUACACUGAUGGAGGAUGGUCACCUUCCCCAACUAUUCGACCCCUUGAAAGACCUUGAUCAACCCCAAGGCCCCGAGCUGAUCCAAGCCAAAGACACAGGAGCCAUCGAGUCCAUCCAGCUGCAGCAAAAGAUAAGUGGCAGAAAGGCUGCCUCCGAGUACACCAGGAAGAACAAACAUCAGGCCUCUGAGCCUCUCGAUGGUGCUCCCAAGGCCAAAAUCCAGCCAAAGGACCCGGAGUGCCUGUCAGGGCGAGAAGGGCUUAUUUGCAAUGCUGCAGCCAGUGACAGGGCUCCUGAGAACGAGGCCGAGCACUCCAACAGCAAACCUCAGAAAGCCGCACCCAGCAGGAUCAGUACAUCUAAGAGCCAUGGGCAGGAAAGGACCAAGAGCACCAGAGGAAACAACUCCAAGAAAGCCGGAGAGAGUCGGCAGUCAGGGACUGAAGUCAGGGUGGAAGAGAAGCCAAUGAUGCCCAAGAUGAAGCGGAGGAAGAAUCAACCCGAGCUGAGCCAAGAAACCUUUAAGCGGCCUCGAACCAGCCUUGGCCAGCACAUGCUGAAGUCGGUGCAGGUGUUUCAUGCUCUGGGGAGGAAGAGUGAGAAGAACACCGGGCCCUCUUCCUCCCGGGCCCUGGGAACCUCCAGCAACCCCAAACACCCCCAGCCCUGCCCAGCUAUCAAACCAUGGCUGGAUACCCCACUCGAAGGUCAAGGUCCUAAGGAAACUCAAGUCAAAGCCCAGAAAGCAGAGGACAGUGCUGAAAAAGAGUGUCCACCUCCAUCUCGGGAUGAGCUGCCACCUCCCAGGAAUGUCAGGUUGGUACCAUUGCCUUUUCUGACCGUGGACAAGCCUCCAGCUCGACCUGUUCCUCGGAGGCCACAGGCUCUGGCCUCACAUCGGCCUGCUGUGGCUGACCCUGCCUGGCCUGGUUCUACCACCUCAGCUCAAUCAAAUGCAGUCAAUUCUGCCCGGCCAGCUCCUGCAUCUUUGACAGGUCCUGCCAGACCAGCUCGGCCACUUUUCACCAACCCCACUCAACCAGGUUGGACUAACCCCACCCGGCCUAGCGUCCCUCAGUGUCCUGCUUCGAGGCCUGCACCUUACAGAACAGCAUCUUGCACUUCUCUCCAGCAGGAGCCCAUUCCCACUGCUGUGACCAAGCUCCAAGCCCCACCCAAGCCUCCCACCCAGUAUCUACUGGAGGAUUUUAGCAAGCAACCAAUUCCAUGGAGGAAACCGAUUCCAGGGCCAGUGAUGUCAGAGCCCAUCACACAGGAACAGAGGCCAGAGCGGGAGGCCAUGAAGAGGCAGGCUCAACAGGAACGUGAGAAGGCUGCCAAGUACACCUCUGGGGGGAAAGUGCAGUUUUUCACUGAGAGGGAAAAAGAAAUGGAAAUUUCUCGAUACUAUGGCUACGCGAUAUAAGGCUGCUAGGAUUGUUGGAGCCACUCUGGGGACCAAUUGUUUUUCAAUAGAUAGAUUUCCCUUAUUUAUUUUGAUAUUUAAAAAAUUUACUAAAACAAUAAAUAGCAGUUCUAGUUAAUAGAUGAGUAAUAAAGAAGGCGUUUGUGGUUGCAGAUGCGGUUAACUGUGGUUUUUCUCUAGCCGGGGUGGGGAUCAAAGGCUUCAUGAGAAAAAAGCAGUGGAGCUGGAUGGGAAAAUGAGGAAAAAGGGAUACAAAAUGAGGAAAGAGGCAGGAACUGGGUCCAGGACUGGGGAGGCUAAAAGGGGAGAGAUUUGAGGGGUUUAUAAAAAGCAGCAGGAGUGGUGGGAAAUGGCAGAAGUCAGAAGCAGGGCCUGAGGGGAGCGUUAAAAGAGUAAAAUUGGAAUAGAGUUGAAGACGGCAGCCGACGAGUCUAGGUUGACCAGGACAAAUGUAAACCGUCUCUCAGGGAGGCUGGUCUUAUGGCUCACGACCACCACACCAGUGCUUUGGGAAACAAGAGAUUCAGGACACCUUCCAAAAUGUUUGUGUUGCCUCAUCCAUGAAUGACUAUGGCUGAGGACAGUGAGCAAAAAUCAAAGGGGAAUCUGCGAGAUGAAUGGCCAGGGCUGAGUUACCUUGGGGGCAGCUGAUAACAGGGGCCUCCCCAUGGGAGCUGCUGCAGCAGGAGGCCUUCCCAGGACAGGGCAGGCAGAGAAAUCACCAUUUCCUCAACUCCUGUGCACCAGGCCCACGAACCCUCUACUUCAGUUAACCUUUGCAACCACACGCAAGGCCAGGGUCACUGAGCUGCUUUACUACUGAUGUUCCGCAGUGGGCUGCAGUCACACUGCCUGCGGAGGAGCAAGGCCUCAACUUGAGACCUGCAUGCCAGCAGUGCUCAGUAUUUGCUAACGCCUGCUGGCGACCAGGCUGGCUUUCAGAGCACAGCUUCUGGACAUUACUGGUGGACAAGAACAAACUUCUGGAGCAGCCUAGAUUUUUUUUCAGAUGUACAUUCUAUUUCCCCUUCUGUACAGACUAUGUCGUGUUCUCCACCAAAGUCUUUGCCAUAUGUCAUCUUACACAUCUGCCCC